AACAAUUCCACCCCGCGUUUUCUCCAGCAUAUUACUACAAGGAUUCUUAUCUUGCUUAUGAUUUAAUUUGAGAGGUCUUCGCUCUGAAGAGACCCUCAAAAGUAUUGAUGAAAUGAAUCUUUGGUGUUGAGUUUGUUCGCACCAAUCCCACGCGGAUAGUCGUAGCUCCGCAGUAUCAACAUCAUGGCGGAAAUUACUGUCGAUAAAGCGAUUGCGCUUCUAUCGUCAGACAAGCAGAGAGAUCGCUCGGAUGGCCUGGCAGAUUUGAAGCAUAUUUUGCAAAAGAAUAAACAGAGCUCUAAACUGAAUACCCUCAACGAUAAAGCUUGCCACAAAAUCUUCGAGUCUCUUUUUCGAUUCAUUUCAGUUGAGAAGUCGGCGUACAAACGUGCAAAUUCCAAGGGACCAUCUGCCUCUCGAUUAUCUGCGUGUGCCUCAGUUCUUCGAACGGCUGUUGAUGUCUUCCUACAGAAUUUGCGGAUAAAGUCGGUUCGCGCCAUCAUUGACCAUAUAACCGAGACCAUACCGGACCCAGGAGAAGGCCCAUGGGAACCGUUAAGUGUGGAUUACACAAAAUGCUUGUCAGCACUCUUGCAUUACCCGCCCCAUGUCGAGCACCUAGGCAUUGGCGAAUGGGAAAAACUCAUAAGCUUCUGUCUACGGGGCCUCGGAGUUCAGGAAGAUGAGGAUAGCCAAGUCAGCGUUCGGAAUAGUCAUCGCUUUACAUUGGAUGGAUAUCUGGAUACUCCUAGCCGGUCAACCCCGUCCAGAGCGACACCAGUUUUGGCCAUCAGGGAGAAACAUACUGGCGAUAAAAGUGCUCUCGGAGAGAUCGUAGUGUGUAUCCAACUUCUAACGGCGAGCCCGACUGCGCCUGUCCAGAUGUCCGCCGAGAAAAUAUUUCAUGGCCUGGCAGAGUUUGUGAAAUCGUCACACAUCGCAGGAAGUGGGCAGCAAGCUGCGUUUAAUAGCAUAAAUACAGUUGUUACGAAAGUGUUGUUUGACCAGUCUGAGCUUGUCCGGACAUUUCUGUUGGAUUUAAUCCCAGUAAUUCGACGCCUGUGGGCUACGAAACUCACUGGUCUGAAAGAUGAAUUACUCGUCACUAUCAUGCUUUGCAUGACUAUCUUGGGUGAUGCAAUUCGCAAGGAACCAUCAGAAAUAUUGUCUCACUCGAUUCAGGGACUGGUGAAAACUCUACACUCGGAGUAUACUAGGCGAGCCGAAAAGGAAAUGCUGCAAAUUGAUGACUUGAUCUUCUAUCGACCAGAGUCAACGCGGACAGAUAAACUUAUCACUGGUCCACGCCUUGGAAACGCUAAAUCCGAGCAUAACUGGACCCUCAUCUGGGCUAUAGCGAGCUUGUUGGAGUUAUCGGAAGAGAUAGCUGCGCGAUUAUCGACGCCUCAUAAUCUAGAGGAAGCCGCGAGCAAGAGGCAGCGCUUCACAUCAGAGAUAGAAGAAGUCUUCCGUGAUUCUUUCUCGUCUUCAGGAACAAAGCGUCUCUGCGCGUUGCAGCUUAUUCCAGUCCUUGUCAAAAGCCAAAUGAAUGUUGAAUCAAAGGCGUCUCUACUUCAUCGGCUGAUGCCCAACAUACUGGAUGAUAAUGGUGCAGUUUCAUCUUGGACCAUGGUAGCAAUUUCCAGCAUUGCCAGCAGUCCCGGCGCAGAUACGCCAUCAUUGAAAGGAUACUGGCAGCAGGUUUGGGAUCUGACAUCACGCGCCUCUACCUCUCAAGUCACAUCAAGAGCUGCUUGCAACUUGAUGAGCAGUAUCAUGCAGUUCGAUCUCUUGGAGUACUCGGCAGUUGCAGAAACGACGCGUUCGAUGCUUUCGUCUGUUAAUCUAAGCGGUCCUUCUACGAUAUCGGAUACAUCUCUGUCUCUUUGGGCGAUAUUGACACGAAUGAAUGCCCAGAUAAACCCAGGGUCAGUACUGAAUGCUUCGAAACAAAUAUGUACUUGGCUGCGGGAGGUUUGGACAAUUGGAACGGUUACUGAUCGAAUCCAAACGGCACAAGUUGCUAUGUUCGCACGGCCAAUGGAUCUUUUGAAUCUACUCUUGGCUUGUACUAACAGACCGUUUGUGCUUCCUGACUGUCAAUUUAGGGGGCCCACGGGUACUAUUACAAGAAGCUGGCACUUUUCGCAUAGAAAUCGAAGGCUGCUGAGGUAUCUUUUUCACCUUGAAGGGAUAAGGGAUUCUGUAAACCCUUGGGAUACAGAAGAGAAACUGUACUUGGAACCAUUUACACGGCAAGACCCUAACGAUGCCGUUGUUUUGGAUCUCCUCUAUGCGAAAUCUGAAAUGUUUUUACAAGCCUGGCGGUCCUUGUCUGAGGACAAAUCACAUCAUGUCACGGUGGAAAUUAUACAAAUCCUUGCUUCCUUUUGCAUUGCGAUUGCUCUAUAUACGGAGUGCCUACCGCAACAACUUGCUUCUCGGGUUGCGGAUUUGCAGCAGAACAGCCAACGCCUGUGGAGUAAUGUCUGCUCUUUCCUGGCAUCUCGCGAAGGUGAUUUUAUUCAGCCUUGCCUGGAGAUGUUUUCCCCUAUUCUCGAUUCAGCCCCAUGCCUCUUUGAUCCCGAGAAUAUUGUCUCUAGGGGCCUUCGUAAUAUCGUGCCUCCACUGGCUGAGAUCCUCGAGAAAAAGCGACGAAUCCAAAAUGAAUUCUCGAAUGAUGAAGAUGCUAUGGAUUUGGAUGACCCACUGUCUGCUAAUGUCGAUCAAAUGACUGUUAAUAAGUCCAUCAUCAACCUAAAUAGGGAGGCGCUGCCUUUUUUCCCCGACACUGCCACUUUUCAACGUCGUAUGACCAUUCAGCUGUCCAUAUUACAGAGCACACUGGUGGACACGUACCAAGUUGAAGAGCAAAACAAUAGAUCAUUGAUUGAGUACCUGACGGCGCUGGAGGAACCUGACAUUCUGUCUGCACAGUACUUUUUGCCUCAGGUUUAUCGAUCAUGUUCGAGUAUGGAUAGGCCAUUUUUACUUGAUAUCCUCGAAGACCUUGGUGGGAAAUGCUUAGAGUCUUACGGACUAGAGCGUUGCGAAAGCUCCCAGCGUCUUUGUAUCUCUAUGUUGACCAAUUUUGUUAACGCAUGGACUAGUGGAAAGGAAGACCACCUUAGCGAGUCAGCCGCAGAUCUAUAUUCUUGGUUCACGGAUGUGCUAUUGGCAAAGGGAAAGGCUUCGUGCGGGGUUUUGAUUGGCCUCUCUGAGCUUCUGGGUGGGAUAAUCAGUUCCAACGCUUCAUAUAAAAGUGGCCAAGCCAAUCCAUCACCAAGAACAACUCUUUUCAUGAUUCUCGAAGAAGGAGAUAUUUUGGUGAAGUUCAGCGUUGCCAACUUGAUACCCCGUUUAUUUGGCCGAUUUUCACUCCAAGACCACGAUGCCAUACUGAACGAUGUACUAGAGAGUCUACCUCGUGAUCCUGAUUGGAGUGAAGGCAUUGCCCUUCGCUUGUUCAUACUAUCUCAAUUGGCUUCUCAAUGGCAUACCUUACUUCGAAGGAGUAUCUACCAUAUGUUCGAAACGCCUGCCCAGGUGCCGCAUUCGCUGUGGUACGCCGAGAAAUGCAUGCGAGAUGUUGCAAAUACUCUUGGGCUCGAUAAUGCGAAAGAGCUAUUCCGACUCUUCUCUUCUCAAAUUCUCUACACUUGGACCGAAUCGCAGUCAAUCACUUUGAUGCCUUUCAGCAUCUUUGGAUAUAGCGAUCUCAGGGAUAUGCUGGACGACGUACAGGAUGAGCUUGUUGGUCAAAUCAUUAUGCGUGGAAAUGAACAAGAAACAGCCGAGCUUUCGAACUUCAUGAAUGUUUCUUUCGUUGAGCUCUUGAAAAAAUCUUUCUAUAGGGCUGAGGCAUACAGUAUAUCGCGAGACAUCAGUACACCACCUAGUCAAGGAAGCCAACCACGAGGAGUUGAGAACAGACUGAAGAAGAUGCUAGGUACAGAACUAUUUGUGACCUUGAUUGAAAAUCAAUUUCCUCAGGUCAUUGCAACUUUCUUCGGUUCUCUUGAUCAGUACGAACAGAUCGAGAAAGCCUUUUCCAAACGACUGAACUUCCAGGGUGCUUUAGACUCCCUGAAAAGAAUUACUGGCAAGAGCUGUUCUCAAAACGCACUUCCUGCCAACCAACAGCCAUCCUUUAGGGCACGGUACCUUUUGGAUGAACUUAAGUUCCUCUGUAAGCGGAGUGGCUACGAUCUUGACACGAUAUGGACCCCUGCAUUAGUAUCUUUCGUUUGUCGGACCCUCCUUGAAUCGGUUCAUCCAGCUCUCGGUUCCCUGCAUGCAUGCUCUGUUAUCCGAAAGAUCAGGAUCCUAGUUUCUGUGGCUGGACCCGUCAUGCUACGGGACUAUCCGUUCGAAAUGAUUCUUCAUGCUCUUCGGCCUUUUCUUACCGAUGUAUAUUGCUCAGAAGAUGCACUGGGUAUAUUCUGGUAUCUGCUAGAAUCAGGAAAAUCUUACUUGACUGAAAGCCCCGGCUUCAUGGCCGGACUCACGGUUUCUACAUUCGUAUCUCUGAAUAAAUUUCUUGCGUCAUCUCCAGAAAGCACGACACAAGAAAACCAGUUCAUGAUAGUUUUGGAAAAGCUUCAAGGGUUUCUUCUUUGGUUCGGCGAAUUCCUGGACGCUUACGAGUCAUCCAUAUUGGGAACAGACACAUAUGAGCCGUUCAGACGUCUUGUCAGGUCAGCACAGAAGGUAUCAAUCACUGGAGAUAACUCAGGCGAUACAAAUGAGCGAGACCUAUUGCUUGAGAUCCUUGGAGACCGGAAUUCAAGUCGUAAUCUGUUGAGCAAGCCAAUCUUUGAUCACGUUGUGUCAUUGCUUUGUGUUGAUUUCAAACGACUGCCUUGCCAUCAAUAUGACAAUAUCGAAACAGACGAGGAUGCUAUUUCAAACACCGUGGCUCUCUGCCAGACCCUUCGGAACUUCAAGCCAGGAACUGAAUAUCGGUUAUGGGCCGCUACAGUCAUCGGUCGAGGCUUCGCUGCUACUGGGCAAAUUAGCGACGUUCUACUAAGGGAGCAAGAGCCAUCUCUCUUCCAAGCUCAUGAAUCUAGAUCAUCAGAUGGAAUUGUCUGCCACUCCAAGGCUCGUAUAAUACAGAUACUUUGCGAUAUGUUGCAAAACGGCAGUUAUCUCGAAGUUGGCCUCGUCGAAAGAACACUGCAACUCAUAAUCAGUAAUCUUGUCAAUUCGCCUGAAUUUGGACAUUCUGGAAAUGCGAUACCCCCUUCACUGAUGAAGGCACUCAUAUGGAACCCUUAUCAAUGCCCAUCUAUAUCAAUGUCAGCCGCAGAAGAAAGGGCAAGCAAUGAUACGGUUGGUUGGGAUCCCAGUCUUUCCUCUGCAGAUUGGGCUCGCAAUAUUGCGUUGUUCCUCUCAAAGGCAGCUCACAAAGACCCUGUUGUUGGGCCGUUGAGCAAGGUUCUGAGUGUGAUUCCUGGCCUCGCAGUGGAACUCUUGCCGUUUAUUCUGCAUGAUGUUUUACUGAUGGGGCUCGAAGGAGCAGUAAAUACUCGGCAUACUGUAUCGGAGAUCUUUAAACAAGUUCUACAACAGGUCAAAGAAAGCACAAUUCCCCAUGCCCGGCUUGUAAUCAAUUGCAUCCUCUAUCUUCGAAACCAGCCAAUACCCGAUGAAGUGACGAUAGUGGAGCGAGACGAAUGGCUUGAUAUCAAUUAUGGAGAUGUUUCUUCAGCUGCCAACAAGUGCCGCAUGCCAAAGACGUCCUUACUCUUCCUUGAAAUCCAUGCAUCUCGUAUAGUCUCUGGAUCUCGCCGCUCCUCACUCGCCAAAUUUGAGCCACCCCCCGAGAUUAUGCACGAUGUUUUCAGGGAUAUAGAUGAUCCAGACCUCUUCUACGGUAUCCAACAAAGCUCAUCAUUGGAGUCUGUCAUGGAGACUCUCGAGUAUGAAAGUUCUGGACUGAAAAAUCUCCAAUUCCAAAGUGCCCAAUAUGACAGCGAAAUACAAAUGUCAGGAGGCGCGAAUACCUACGGCGUUUUGAAGGCACUUAAUUCGACAAAUCUUCAAGGAAUUGCCAAUUCCAUGUUCACAGCUCCUGGGCAUUUGAAGGACACAACUUCUUCCUUUGACAGCAUGCUGCAAGCUGCAACGAGCUUACGGCAAUGGGACAUUCCUGUUCCACCUCUUAACCCAUCGUCAUCAGCAACUGUCUUUCGGGCUUUCCAGAGCCUCAAUACAUCUGGGACGUUGUUUGAGGUUUCUACUUCCAUAGAAGAUUCCAUGCUGACGACUUUGGACCUGUUGGCUAGUACCAAUCGAUCUGCCAUCUCUUUACGGACUGCGAUGAGGGUCCUGGGGAUAAUGACGGAGAUAAAUGAUGUCGUACACGCUUCGUCGUCAGUGGAGCUUAGUCAAGGGUGGGAGAGAAUUAAGGCAAGAAAUUUCUGGCUGAAAACGACAAGUGUCCAUGAGGUUGGAGAAAUCCUGAACUGCCGCGAAGCAUUAUUCUCUUCGAUUAAAGAGAAGGAUUACCUGAAGUCUGCUCUCAAUAUUACAGACCAAGAUGCGCAACUGCUGGAAGUGAAAGCCAUCCGUCAGUCUCUCGAGACAACUAGAAACCAUGGAAUAUCCCAAGCUUCGUUGAAAUCGGCAAUCUGCCUUUCCAAGCUUGCAGGUCCAUGUGCUUCACGUGGAAUAAAUAUCGAAGGGGCAGCGAAGUUUGAUUUGGCCAACGUUCUAUGGGACCAAGGCGAGAUGACACCAUCUAUCCGAAUGCUCCAGCAACUUAAUGACCAAAACGACCUUCAUAAGCAAGCAAUACCAAUAAGUCGCGCAGAGCUCCUCGUCACCUUGGGACACCACGUUGCAGAAGCACGUUUAGAGAAACCAGAAGCUAUUAUCCAGCAAUAUCUGACCCCUGCAGUCAAGGAAUUGAAAGGACGCUCUGAAGGUGAAGAAGCUGGUCGCGUCUACCAUGGAUUCGCGAUGUUUUGCGAUCAGCAGCUGCAAAAUCAAGAUGGACUGGAAGACUUCAAACGAGUCGAACAGCUUCGCAACCGCAAAGAAAAGGAGGUGCUUGCUUGGGAAGAAAUGAUGGGGAACUCUUCAGGACGAGAUAGGGAAGCCCUUAAAAUGUACAGGGCUAAGGCUAAGCAGUGGUUUGACCUUGACGACCGUGAGUAUCAGCGUCUACUGCGGAGUCGGGAGGCUUUCUUACAGCAAUGCCUCGAGAACUACUUGCUAUGUCUGAAAGAGAGUGACACGUACAACAAUGAUGCGCUCCGAUUUUGUGCACUUUGGCUUGACAAGUCGGACAAUGAGAUUGCGAAUAAUGCCGUUUCCAAACAUCUCAAUCAGGUUCCAAGUCGAAAAUUCGCGCCAUUGAUGAACCAGUUAUCGUCUCGUUUGCUUGACGUGUCCGAUGAUUUCCAGUCUUUACUCUUUGCAUUGAUUUUCAGAAUCUGUGUCGAGCAUCCCUUCCAUGGGAUGUACCAAAUAUUUGCCAGCAGUAAAUCCAAGGGUGGAAAGGAUCAAUCAUCUCUGGCUCGGUACCGAGCAGCCGGUAGGCUUGUGGAUGGUUUGAAGAAUGACAAGCGCAUUGGACCAACCUGGGUUUCUAUACACAACACCAACAUCAACUACGUACGAUUUGCAGCCGAUAGACUCGACGAGAAACUGAGGAGCGGUGCAAAGGUGUCGCUCAAGAAAAUGCUAACUGGCCAACGCCUCGAGCAAGACGCUGCUUCUCAAAAGCUACCACCACCCACGAUGAAGAUUGAUGUUCGAGUUGACUGCAAUUACAGCGAUAUCCCUAAGCUUGUGCGCUUCAAUCCUGAGUUCACUAUAGCGUCUGGUGUGAGUGCACCCAAGAUCGUCACAGCGAUUGCAACAGAUGGUUUGCGGUAUAAGCAACUGUUCAAAGGAGGAAAUGAUGACUUGCGACAAGAUGCAAUAAUGGAGCAGGUAUUCGAACAAGUCAGCAGCCUUCUUAAAGACCACCAAGUCACGCAGCAGCGCAAUUUGGGCAUCAGGACGUAUAAGGUACUUCCGCUCACAUCAAAUGCGGGAAUAAUCGAAUUCGUACCACACACUAUCCCUCUGCAUGAUUACUUGAUGCCAGCACACCAGAAAUACUUCCCGAAGGAUAUGAAGCCUAAUGCCUGUCGGAAGCACAUCGCUGAUGUUCAAACGCGAUCGUUUGAGCAGCGAGUCCGGACCUACCGCCAGGUCACGGAACGCUUCCAUCCAGUAAUGAAGUAUUUCUUCAUGGAAAAAUUCAAUAACCCAGACGAUUGGUUCACUAAGAGGCUUUCAUACACCAGGAGCACUGCUGCGAUUUCGAUAUUGGGUCAUGUCCUUGGACUUGGCGAUAGGCACGGUCACAAUAUCCUGUUGGAUGAAAGGACGGGUGAGGUGGUACACAUUGACCUUGGUGUAGCAUUUGAACAAGGACGCGUAUUGCCUGUUCCAGAAGUCGUUCCAUUCCGUCUCACUCGGGAUCUUGUUGAUGGCAUGGGAAUUACCAAGACAGAGGGCGUUUUCCGGCGCUGUUGCGAGUUUACUCUCGAGGCGCUUCGACAAGAGUCUUAUAGCAUCAUGACCAUCCUUGACGUUCUCCGAUAUGACCCGCUGUAUAGCUGGACCGUGUCUCCCCUGAGAAUGAAGAAAAUGCAAGAUGCACCGGAAGCCGGCGACGGGCCUGUCCUCCCCGGUACGACUGAUCAACGAACAGCCAACGAGCCCAGUGAGGCCGAUCGAGCGUUGACAGUGGUCGCCAAAAAGUUGAGCAAAACAUUGAGUGUUACUGCCACUGUCAAUGAAUUGAUCCAGCAGGCGACGGACGAAAAGAACCUGGCUGUUCUCUAUUGCGGCUGGGCCGCUUAUGCAUAAGGAUUAGGACAUUAAACCCUUUUAGUCCUUUGGACUUGUAUUAUAUUGAAUGCUUAAGCAUUUUUAUUGCAUGAUACUGUAUUCUUGUUGUUUCUGGUUUUUGCAUAGAUUUUAGACGUGUAUAUGGACCCUGGGGCAAUAAAUAUAUUUCGCAC